AUGUCGACCAUGUACUUGACGCCAAUUCCACUCACUUCAUGGCCAACCAACACCGCGACCGCCAACACAACGAUGUCCUUCCCUCACCCAACACCGCAGAUUCCGACUAGCACGAUGCCCCCACCAGAAUUACAAGUGUCGAGCGCUGGGACAUCUUCGGGCUCUCAGCCCAGUGUCGACUGGUAUUUCGUGGCGGCCUGCAUGCUCCUCGUGUACUGUGCGGUCAGCGCGAUACUCCUUUAUUGCCUGUGCGGCGCCGGAAUUCUGGACUGCAGACUGAAUCUCGACCCCUCUCCUCAUAUUCGUCGAAAUCGUCUUCGCCGACGCAUGGCUCAGAGAGCUUCGCAACCCCAGCCCAGAGAAGCGAUGCGGUACUGGACGGAUGAUGUGGAACGCGCGCAGCUUACACGUGAAAGGCACAUUUCUCGCCCGGCCGAAGCUAUGCCUACGAUACAGCAGAACGAGUCGACGACUUCUGUGGUCACCAUGCUCGGACAUGGAGAUGAGCCAGAUGUCCAGGAGCUGCAACGCACGUUGGCUGCGAAUGGCCUCCAUCUUACUGAGCGACAAGUGCGUAGUCAGCGCCGAGCACUCGAGCGGAUCAUCAGACAUCAUUCUCUGUCAGCACCGAACGUUGAUCUCAACUCGAUGGCCGGCAUUCGCGCACUCAGCCCUAUAGGCUUUCGUCUCCCCGUGAGGCGCGACAUCAGUGGGGACGAGAUCUCAGUCGAGUACGCCAGGGAGCUGGAGAGACAUCGAGAGUAUCGGUACGCUAGGAUACGGGCAUAUGAGCUGCAGCAGAAUAUGACGCCCGAGCAGCGACGACGGCUACAGCAGACUGCUCAGAUCGAAAUCAACAUGAGGAAUAUUGGUUUGAUUUGAGCUUCCAGGCGCGAUGACUUGAGACCGGAAGCUUGGCGGGACACAAAUCAUGGCUCUGUUCGAGACCGGCAUGAGCACAAUUGUAGAAAGUGCUUGCUGCCCUGAAGCUCUGUUGUCGUUGGCAAGUCGGUUGUCGAGUUGCGUCGAAUGUUCGAAG